AUGAGUGAAAUUAUAGAGAAGCCAAAAAUCAGUGUUAGGAAGAUGCAAGCUAAAGUUUCAACAACAUUCAAUAUAAAUGUGAGUGAAGGGCAAUGCAGAAAUGCAAAGAAAUUUGCAUUACAAGAAAUUGAAGGAAGUCUAAUUGAACAUUAUGGGAUAUUAUGGUCAUAUGGUCAUGAAAUUCUGAGGACAAACCCUGGGUCUACUGUGAGGAUGGAUGUAGACAUCAUGCCAGAUUCCACAACUUUUUUUUCUAAGUACUAUGUCUGCUUUAAAGCUAUAAGUGAUGGUUGGAAGGAAGGGUGCAGGCCUGUGAUUGGCCUUGAUGGUUGCUUUCUAAAGGGUAUUGUGAGGGGAGAAGUUUUGGCAGCUGUAGGGAGGGAUGCAAACAACCAAAUCUACCCUAUAGCAUGGGCUGUAGUUGGAGUUGAGAACAAGGCCACAUGGAAGUGGUUCAUAGAUCUUCUCAUGGAUGAUAUUGAUGGUGGUCUUGGUGCAGGCAUUACCCUUCUUUCUGAUGGACACAAGGGGUUGCUAGAAGCAGUAAAAGAAAGGUGUCCAGAAGCUGAACAUAGACAAUGUGCCAGGCACAUUGUGGCUAAUUUUGCUAAAAGGUUUACCGGUCAACAUUUCAGGAAGCUUUUUUGGAGGGCUGUUAGAGCUAGUACUAAACAGAAGUUCAAACAUGUAAUGGAAAAGAUCAAAUCUUUAGAUACUCAAGCAUAUGAGUACCUUAUGGACAGAGAUCCUAGUACCUGGUCUAAGGCAUUUUUUAAAGAGGGCAGAGAUUGUGAUGUAGUUGAGAAUGGGGUGAGUGAGAGUUUCAAUUCUGCUAUUAGGCAUGCUAGAAGGAAACCAAUCAUCACUAUGCUAGAGGAGAUUAGGAUAUUUGUGAUGGAGAAGAUAUACAGUCUUAGAGUAGAAGGAAUUGAAUGGAAAUUUGAAUAUCUGUCCAAAUUGUGGGGGGUUACUCCUUGUGGUUAUCAAAAUUAUGAAGUUAGGUUCCAUGAUGCAGCAUAUGGAGUGGAUCUAAUUGCAAAGACUUGUGCAUGCAGAAUAUGGAAACUUACAGGGAUACCAUGCUUACAUGGAGUAGCUGCAAUCUCUUCCCUGAAUCAAGAUGCAGAAACAUAUGUGUCCCAAUCAUACAGUAAAGAGGCUUAUCUAAAAUGCUAUAAUUAUAGCAUUAACCCUCUCAAUGGUAGUGAUAUGUGGGAAGAAGUUCCUUAUCGAAAGCCUUUGCCUCCCAAAAGAAGAAGAUUACCUGGUAGGCCAUCAGUGAAAAGGAAGAGGGAUGCAGUGGAAAGGGAGUUGAGUGGACCAGUUAGACAUUCUGUGACAAGAAGGGGAUCCCUGAUAAAGUGUAGUAUUUGCAAGGAACCAAGUCAUAACAAGAAAAAGUGUCCAUCUAAGCAGCAAACAAAUACAUCAGCACCAAGUUCAUCCAGGGAUAGUGGAGCAGGACCAAGUCAACCACCACCAGCAGCCCAACCACCUCCACCACCACCACCAGUAGCAGCCCAACCACCUCCACCUCCACCUCCACCACCACCACCAGCUGCAAGGCCUAUCCCAAGAAGGGCCCCAAUUGGUAGAACUGGACGGAGGAAAUAUUCUGAAAGGAUUGUCAAAAUGGCAUUGAGGAGGAACAUACCUGGGGUUGGGAGCAGUGCAGAGAACCCUGCAGUCCUUAAUUAA